CCAAACACUCCACACUGUCCUGCAGCACACAUGCUCACAAACACACACCCACACACACACACACACACACACCAGAUCUCAAUCUCCUCUCUUGCACUAAACAUGCUUUGUUGGGAAUUGUGUUUAGCCGUACUGAUCACCGGCUUCCCAGUGUGGGCUCUGCCUUCAACAAACAUCAAGAUCACACAAGCACUGCCCAUGCAACUGUCAGACUCAAACCAGCCUGUGACAUGUCCACUCUUCUGGACUGAAUUUGAGGGCUACUGUUACCGAUUCUUCCCCUUGAACCGCACAUGGGCUGAGGCAGAUCUGUACUGUGCCGAGUUCUCAAACGGACACAAAUCUGCCAAACUCACCUCCAUCCACAGCUGGGAGGAAAAUGUGUUUGUCUAUGAUCUUGUGAACAGCCGUGUACCAGGAAUUCCAACAGAUAUUUGGAUUGGCCUUCAUGAUAGAAGACAAGAGGGCACUAUGGAGUGGACAGACGGGUCACCCUAUGAAUACAGUUACUGGGACGGAAAUCAACCAGAUGAUGGCAUCCAUCGCAUCCCUCAGGAAGAGGAUUGUGUGGAAAUCUGGUACCGACAAAACAGUGCACUAAGGUCUUGGAAUGACAACAAUUGUGAUAAGGCCUUUCCAUUCGUCUGUAAGAUUCCUACACUGGAAAACUAACCUCAGACCUAUGAUAGAUUAUCUAGUUCUUUAUCGUCAACACUGACACCCCAACACCACUCAAUCACUGCGUAGCAACAAGAUGUCUGCUCAUCUCCAUUUCUGCAGUGAUGAAGAUCUCUCUUCAGGCACUUCAUUUACAUUUCUCUCCCCUUCACUCCUUCACAAUUCCCUGUCCUCAUCGUCCUCCCGUCACUGUUGUGUAUGUGUGUAUAUAUAUAUGCCAUAGAAGAACCAUUUUUGCUUUCCUAAAUAACCUCUUAGUAACCAGUUCUAAAAAGCAACAGUUGUUUCUGUGGCUAACAUUUUAAUAAUCUAAAUAGAAUCUUUCGUGGAAUGGGAAGAUUACAUAAAUGUGAAAUGUUCGUCAUGGAACCACAUAAUCUAAUAAAGAGCUUAUUUUUUAGUGUAGAUAGUGACCUGCAGCAUAUAGCUAAACUGAACUAGAAUGAAAGCUCAGGUCCCCACCCAGUCAUCUGGCAAUUAUUUCCUUCUUUUCAGAUAGGGUAUGUUUGCCGGAGCCCUCCAGGAUUUUAUAAAAAGUCCGAAAAUGUCUCUUGUUUUUGAUAUUUGAAGUGCAUUUGUAAUUUCUUGCAGACAGGAAUGCGUGUGUUCAUAUAAUGACUCCUGAGUCUUGAUCUGGAACCCCAAACACUGCCAGUGUCCAUCUGUGCACAUUUAUUUGUCACUGACCCAGGAGGUGAGAUUCUAAAAGAGAAGGCAUUUAAGCCUCUGUUGACUGCAGAGCUUCUAAAGACAGAAAGAGCUUAACCUCAUCUAGGCAGAUGACCUUUUCUCUCUAUGUGUCGUGCUAAUUAUUAGUGACCCCCUACAAAAACCUCUAUUCUCAUCCACACAACUGCUAGCAAGGGUCCCAAACCCCCUUUUUCAAUACAUUACUUUCAAUACAUACUCUUUUUUCAUACAUUAGCUAAUCUGUAAUUUUAAGUAUGUUGGAUUGGAAGAACAGGAAGGAAUUUAAUAUGGUACACUACAAAAGUAAUUGAAACACACUGUCACAAAAUAGAUAAGUUUAAUAAUAAUGCAAAAUAAGAUAAUUGUCACUAAUUAUGCUUGUUUAUUUGGAAUAUACCUCAAUAUUUAGAAAACGAAUUAGGCUGUUCACAAGAUUCCAUUGUUUUUAUGCAAACGUGUUAAAUAGAUAUCUUUUGACUAUUGCGCUUGUUUCUUUUUUGCAUUGUCUCAUGCAUGGUAAACUGCUUUAAAAUGCGGCGAUGAAAUGAAUAGUUCAACUUUUAAAAAAUGGGAAAUUAAGUUCAUGGACCAUAAAAGUAAAUUCAUCAAAUAAAAGUUUUAUACGAUUUAAAAGUUUUCAUUUCAAACCUCUGCUUUAAUUGCCUUUCUGGAUGGAAAUUUCUGGAUGAAAUAUGUCAAGAGGAGGUAAACAAGCUAGUUUUGAUGAUUAUCUGGCUGACCCGCGUGCACAGUGGGGUUAAGAUGUUCCCCUGUUGCCGAAGAGAGUAAUUAAUUGACCCUCUUGUAAACCUCAGAGUAAUUAUCUCCCUCUUAAAGCCUGCAGAGGGAACAUUUUUACACAAACAAUCCUAAAUCUUUUUUUUUUUUGGUGAUUUAAUUAGUGCCAGGGUCAUCACUGCAAUUGCCACACGGUUAAAACAAGUAUUUCGAAUGAUUGAUAGAGGGAUAGCUCACUU